AUGACAGAACAACCGUCACCAUCCUCAUCCGUCCAACGCGCGAGCGCCUCAGCAGAAAGCACCAGUUACCCAACCGCCGAAGAGGCGCAGGCCCCAACCAACGAACAGCUGCAGCGCAUCACAUGGCGUUUCCGACAGCCUCUCGAGACUGCCAUCACCGUAUUAGACGACGCGGCCUAUCCUCUAGGUCCAUCCCGACCGUACCGUCAACCCAGCGAGCACGCCAAAGGCCACUAUGAUCUUCACGAAAUCUCACAAGAAUCCAUCACGGUGCCGCCAGUCUCUUCCAUCAACGUGUCGUGUGAGGAAUGGGACGCUUGGCAUUCCAUGGUGAUGUUGGAGUUUGAUCCCGACGAAGUAAUUGAAUACGACGAUGAGGACUAUCCGCCUCCGAGUCCGAUCCUGGUGGUGAUUGCGUCCUCGGAGAAGGGCUAUGUGACCGUUCAUGAUUACAUCACGCAGCUGUGGCCGUGGUUGUUUAAACAUCGAUACAUGAUUAUCAAGUCCGUGGACCCAGACGAGAUGCCGCAGGCGCUGGAGAAGGAGUGGGUGAUUAAUAUAACUAUCGUCGGAGGAGUGGUCCUUUCUAAAGAGAAAUAUUGGCCAGAGCAGCAAAAGAAUAGAGCCGCGAGGAUUAUAAGAGCAAGGGAGGGAAAGAAGUUGCCUUGGGAGUGA